GUCACUGGGGCUCAUGGCGGGCUCUGCUGCUCUGGACGUGUCCCAACGCGGGCUGGUGGUGAGAGGAGGCAGCCGAUUUCUGGCCACAGGUACAGACCGCAGUGAUGAUGACAGCUUCUUUAUAUAUGACUGCAGCAAGGCAGAAAAGAAGCCACAAGAGGAUAAAGGAGAGGAGGGACAGACAUUGUACAAAGGAAGUGAUAACAUCCUAGCUUCUACCUUCUCAAGAUCUGGCAACUAUUUUGCUUUGACUGAUGACAAUAAACGUCUGAUUCUUUUCUGUACAAAACCUUGGAAAUGUCUGAGUAUCAGGACAGUGGUGAGAAGAUGUACCUCUCUGACAUUUACAGCUACAGAUGAGAAGAUUUUGGUGGCAGAUAAGUCUGGAGAUGUAUAUUCAUUUUCAGUAUUGGCACCAUAUCAGAGUGGAAAACUUGAACUUGGACACCUGUCUAUGUUGUUGGAUGUGGCCUUGAGUCCUGAUGACCGUUAUAUCCUCACAGCUGACAGAGAUGAGAAAAUCCGUGUUAGUUUGUUUGCAGCACCACACAACAUAGAAUCUUUCUGCUUGGGUCAUACUGAGUUUGUGAGCAGAAUAUUUGUGGUGCCAAAUCAUCCAGAUCUAUUAUUAUCUACCUCAGGGGACUGUACUUUGAGACUCUGGGAAUACAAAAUCGGAAAAGAAUUGCAGUGCUAUCAUCUUAACAGACUGAGAAAUCCUGAGGCAACCCCAUGUGAGAAGAUAUUUGCAGUUUCAAGAAUAACUUACUGUUGCCGAGAAAACUACAUUGCCAUUUUAUGUGACUGUAUUCCUGUAAUCUACAUCUUCCAACUUGAUGACAUCAAGAAACAGCUGAUUUACAAACAACAACUUACCUUUGAUCACAGAGUGUGGGACAUUGCAUUUGAGGAAAUGCAAGGGCUUUGGGUUUUACAAGAGUGUAGAGAAAUGCCAGUUUUGCUCUAUCACCUUGAGAAUGGACAGUGGCAGCCUAUUUCCAAAAAUGAGAUGUUAAAGAAAAUCUCCAAUAACCUACAUGAGAACUGGACCAUGGUGGAAGGUGGAUCCCCAGGCAUGGAUGAUAGCUUUAGCAGUCUCUACAAGACAACAUUUGAUAACAUGACUAAUUACUUGAAGAAAAAAGAAGAAAGAGUACAGCAGCAGUUGGAGAAAAAGAAGAGAAGGAAGAAUCCCUGACUAGGUCUUAAAAGGCAAACAGAAAAGAAAUGAAAGACACCCAUGUGACAGUUAUUUCCCUAGUCAUUUGAAGGUCAUAGGAUCAUAGAUUUAAAGCUUGAGUACUGUAGGGGUCAUCUAUUCCAUCCUUCUUAUUUUAUGGAUCAGAAAAUAGGUUCAGUGAAGUUUUGAUUUGUCCAAGUUCACACAGGUAGAAAGUGACAGUUGAGAUUUGAAUACUAGUUCUGUAAAUCCAGUACUUGGUAAAAAUUCAGGUGGGCAGAAAUCAUGUUUUACAUUGACUUACUCUCCUUUCCCCCAUCAUAUUUGAAAAAGAAAAUGGUGUAAACUAUUUGUAUCUCCUAAACUUGGCGGUGGUUAGUGCUAUUCAGAUCUAGGAAGGCACUUGAAUCAAGCUGUUUGGGAUAAAAUGGCAGUAUCCUUUGUUAAGAGGAAAUGAUAUUGUGCCUAUGGUCCUUUAUUGUAUAUAUAUUUUAUCCUCCAAUUGAGGGAAGAAAUAAAGUUUGUAAGUUUAA